AGCGAAACCGCAGGGAUUGCAACACCGGCCGUUUUGGUGCGUGCCGCCCACAUGUGAGCUCACUGUCUCACCCCCUUGGAGCGCGAGUGGCCCGUGACAGAGACUAGUUUCCUGAGGGACACACACAGCAAUUCAUCUGAAAUAUAAGCCACACACAAAUGGAGGAUCUAAGAGAGAAGAUGGAGGCCAUGUCCCAGACGAUAUGCCCGAGAGGCUGCGUUCCAUCCGAAGAGGACUUAAAGGCCCCCAAAGAUGACAAAGUACAGAUGAAGAGAGAAAUCUCCCUCAUCAACGGCAUCUGUCUCAUCGUGGGCAACAUGAUCGGCUCUGGGAUCUUCGUCUCUCCAAAGGGUGUCCUCAUGCACAGCGCCUCUUAUGGACUCUCCUUGCUCAUCUGGGCCUUCGGAGGCAUCUUCUCCGUGUUUGGGGCCUUGUGCUACGCAGAGCUCGGCACCACCAUCACCAAGUCCGGAGCCAGUUACGCUUACAUCUUGGAGUCGUUUGGCGGCUUUCUGGCCUUCAUCCGCCUGUGGACGUCCAUCCUGCUGAUCGAGCCGGCCAGCCAGGCUGUCAUUUCCCUGACAUUCGCCAACUACCUGGUGGAGGCUUACUAUCCCACCUGCGACCCCCCACACAACGCCGUGCGCCUCAUAGCUGCAGCCUGCCUUUGCAUGCUCAUCUACAUCAACUGCGCCUACGUGAAGUGGGGGACUCUGAUCCAGGACAUCUUCACAUACGCUAAGCUCUCGGCCCUCCUCCUCAUCGUAAUGGUAGGAAUUCUGAAAUUAUCAAGCGGUAAGUUGCACUCAAACAAAAAAAACUCAUUCAGAAACGAUAUAGUUUCUAUCACGUACCGGUACCUCGACUUUCCUGUGUCUACAGGAGAGACAAAGAGCUUUGAGAGUCCAUUUGAAGGUUCUUCUACGGAUCCCGGAGCCAUAGCUUUGGCCCUCUACUCAGCGCUGUUCUCCUACUCUGGCUGGGACACGCUCAACUUUGUCACAGAGGAGAUUCAGAAUCCAGAGAAGAAUCUCCCACUUGCCAUCGCCAUCUCCAUGCCCAUUGUGACCAUCAUCUACCUGCUGACCAACGUGGCCUACUACGUGGUCCUCGACAUGCCUUCUCUGCUGGCCAGUGAUGCUGUCGCUGUGACUUUUGGGGAUGCGGUUCUGGGGCCAUUCAAAUGGAUCAUCCCUGUGUCGGUGGCCAUGUCUUGCUAUGGAGGACUCAAUGCUUCCAUUAUCGCUGCUUCGAGGUUGUUCUUCGUGGGUGCUCGAGAGGGUCACCUCCCCGACAGCCUCAGUCUGAUCCACCUGGAGCGGUGCACGCCCAUCCCUGCACUGCUUUUCAACGGUUUAAUGGGCCUCAUCUUUCUAUGUGUGGAGGAUGUGUUCCAGCUCAUCAACUACUUCAGCUUCAGCUACUGGCUCUAUGUGGGCCUCUCUGUGGCCGGCCUCAUCUACCUACGCUUCACCCAGCCAAACAGGCCCAGACCUGUCAAGCUGACCUUGUUCUUCCCCUUCGUCUACUGCCUGUGCAGUUUGUUCUUAGUCAUUGUCCCGCUAUAUGGAGACACCAUCAACUCUCUCAUAGGCAUUGGCAUCUCGCUCUCAGGGGUGCCUGUUUACUAUGUGGCCAUCCACCUGCCCGAGGAUAAGAGGCCCAAAUUCUUACGCCUGCUAAACAUGUUUACUACCAGAACAACCCAAAAGCUGCUCUACUGCUGCCUGACCACCAACAACGGAACACAAGCAGGUGGUAAAAAACAGUGAGGCCUCAAGGAGUUGUCCCCUUUAUAAACCGAAGGCCUCCCCCCGGCCCGUCCACGCGCUGCGUGACGUUCUGUCUGGAAAAAUGACGCCCUUGCACGUGUCCUCGAGCAUGACUGGUGCCAGGUCAAGUUUAAAAAAAGACCUGCGGUGUCAAAUAACUGGUGAGCGAAAGAGCAGACACUUGUGACUCUUGAGUUCAAAAGCAAUAUCAUUCUCAAUAGAGAUCGCUGAGUAUCUUCCAUGAGGAUUUCAACACGACAUCAUUGUAGAUAGGGAACUUGGCUUGCUAAAAAUUCAAAUGAAGGGACGAUGGGUUUUUUUAUGCCAAUACAAACAAAGCAUCGUUUUUUUGAGUGUUUGUAUAAUGAUGCGUUUUUGCACUGUAAUUAAAACAUCCAAUUGAAAUGAGGCUUCUGAGAGUGUAUUCUAUUGCAUUAAAACGACUGAUUAUAACGUCUCCCCGCAUACAGUGGUGUGGAAAAGUGUUUCCCACCCUUCCCGAUUUAGUUUUUUGCAUGUUUGUCACACUUAAAUGUUUCAGAUCUUUAAACAAAUUUAAAUAUUAGUCAAUGACAACACAACUGAACACUGAAUGCAGUUUUUAAAUGAAACUGUUUAUUUUUAAGGGAGAAAAAAAUGCAGACCUACAUGACCCUGUGUGAAAAAGUGAUUGCUUUGAGAAAAUACUACAAAAGUUGAACUUUUUGGAAGGUCUGUGUCACAUUACGUCUGGCGUAAAAGUAACGCCGCAGUUCAGAAAAGAACAUCAUACCAACAGUAAAAUGUGGUGGUGGUAGUGUGAUGGUCUGGGGCUGUUUUGCUGCUUCAGGACCUUGAAGACUUGCUGUCUACCAAAAUAUCCUGAAGGAGAAUGUCCGGCCAUCUGUUGGUGACCUCAAGCUGAAACCAACUUGGGUUCUGCAGCAGGACAAUGAUCCAAAACACACCAGCAAGUCCACCUCUGAAUGGCUGAAGAAAAACAAAAUGAAGACUUUGGCGUGACCUAGUCAAAGUCCUGACCUGAAUCCUAUUGAGAUGCUGUGGCAUGACCUUAAAAAGGCGCUUCAUGCUGGAAAACCCUCCAAUGUGGCUGAAUUACAACAAUUCUGCAAAUAUGAGUGGGCCAAAAUUCCUCCCCAGCGCUGUAAGAGACUCAUUGCAAGUUAUCACAAACGUUUGAUUGCAGUUGUUGCUGCUAAGGGUGGCCCAACCACUUAUUAGGUUUAGGGGGCAAUCACUUUUCCACACAGGGACAUGUAGGGUUGGAUUUUUUUCCCCCUUAAUAAUGAAAAGUGUCAUUUAAAAACAUGCAUUUUGUGUUCAGUUGUGUUGUCACUGACUAAUAUUUAAAUUUGUUUGAUGAUCUGAAACAUUCACGUGUGACAAACAAAAAAAGAAAUCAGGAGGGGGGCAAACACUUUUUCACACCACCGUAUUUCCACGAGUUCAUAAGUCAUGCCUGACCUCCUUUUGCGCCUUCUAAGUUGAAAGCUAAGCUCCUCGGGUGAUAAAACUACCGAGAUCCUUGCUAUUUAUAAACGGCCCUCAGACAUGAUGUCAUAUACGCACCUCAAUGUAAUCCCUCACUCAGCACUUUAAGUCACCUCCUUUCUGGCACGUUUUUAUAUUCUUGUGACAGUGUGACAAUGCGAUGAUUUAUCUUACUUAUCUUCAUCUUAUCUUGAAUGCAUGCAUGUUAAGAGACGCACGCACAAAGAGAGCUGUUCUCUGCAUGAUAACAUCACCCUUAUCUGAGUUUAUGCAAUAGA